CAGCACUUGACACCGCUUGCUAGCCUUUAACUUUUUGACGGGGUGUGUAAACAUCUUCAGGGCGACUCUCCCCGAUCUGUACACUACUAACAACUUAACUGAGAAAUUGCUGCAAAGACUCAUACAUCCCUGGCAACACCGCAGUGACUGGUCUCGAAAAUCUCAGCGUUUACCGAUACCUCUGGCAGGCUCGCCAGGCACUGACAGCACAAUUUCGGAGGCACCUGCUAUCAUUAUACAGACUCACGUCAGGUUCGACUCGGAAUUCCGAGUCGUUGCUCGUGUCAUUGAGACUUCGCAUGCAUCUGUAUAGUGUGUUCAUUUGCUUAUGUUUCCGUCGUCCGACUUCUUUUACGACAUCUGGGUGCGAAAAGCACUCUCUGCAACUGGCCACACUGUGCUAAUCUAUGAUUACCUUCUCACCUUUCCUGAUGAAAUCCGGUACAUUUGGAAUGCCCCUUGGACAAUCGUGAAAGUCAUGUUCCUCAUCAACCGAUAUGGAAACCUGGUUGGGCAGACUAUCAUUCGGUUCGAAGAGGCUGGCAUCCUCGCACAUGAUUCCCAAUUAUUCUGUCAAAGGUUUGCCAUCGUCACUAAAUACUUUAUGGUGCUAUCUUCAGAGUCGAUUCAUCUACUUGUGCUCGUACGUGCGUGGGCCAUCUGGGGGACUCGGAAGAACAUCGUAAAAAUUAUUGUCGGGAGCUAUGUGUUCUACGUCCUUGCUCUGCUGGGCAUGACGACGCUUGGUUCAAUGCAUGAUACUCAUGAGGAGUAUCAGUACCUCGACUUAGUCGAGAUCUGCGCAUCCGCGAUGCCAAAAUAUAUGUGGCUCGGUUAUCUCGGAAGCUUUAUUCUCGAUGCAGUAACUUUUGUCUUGACAGCGCAAAGUCUGUGGAGAUACUCUAGGGAAUUUCAGAGCCUCUACCCCUCCAGCCUCCUCCGAUUACUUGUUCGAGAUGCAACCAUGUUUUUUGUUUUUAGUAUGUUUAACAAUGGCAUGAUCGUCGCCUCCUGGACUGUGUACGCGAACACUCCAUACACUUUCCUACCCAAAGGGUUUUCGGGCCCAUUGCUUUCAGUGGCCGGUCAGCGCGUGGUUCUGAACCUGAAAAGUCUUCCAACGCGUACCUAUGCGACACACGAUCUCAGCCGUGAGAUAGACCGACAACUUGAAGCAUUUGAACUAGACGAAUGCUGCUCGUCACCUCAAGAUUGCCUUGAUGACCCGAAGGAAACAUGCUGCUCGUCGCCUCAAGGUCGAGAUGGCCUUGAUGACCCAGAGGGUGGCAGAGUGCUUUAGGUGGAAUCAGGAAAUGUGAACUGAAUACCAUAUUAGCUGUUUCAUAUAUUGUAGAUGUUUGUACCGAUUAUUUUGUAUUCCCCAAGAAGUAGACAUAUAGUGUUGAUCGGGACCGAAUGUAUACGAUACAUUGUACGCAUUAGUAUUAUAAUGUUGCUAUCAUCCUGCAAAGGAUCAAAAUCUGUGCCCCGCUGAACCUCGCGGUCGGAAAUAUUAAAGGCCACGGCAUCAGCAAUGUCAUCCUCCAGAGUUCGGCUGUGCCGACAAAGGCUGACAGUAUACACUCUCCAUU